CGUACAUUAAUUGUAGACGAGGCAGUCCGAUCAGUUGCACAACAUUCGCCACCUUGACCACCAACACGCCACAAUGCCAACAAAGUCGUCUUUUCCCGAUGUUACGAUACCAGACGUCGACAUAUGGGGACUGAUGUUUGAUCGAAAAGAUCGCGACUUUGCAGAUGACAAAGUCAUCUACCGUUCAGCCACCAACCCCGCAAGAAAAUACACCUACGCAGAGGUAAAAUCCGCCGCGACCCAAUUCGGAGAAGGUCUUUGCAAUCUCUGGGACUGGCAACGUGGUGAAGUCCUCAACAUCUACGCUCCCAACGACAUUGACAUCGGACCCAUCAUCUUCGGCGUCUUCUUCGCCGGAGGGAUCGUAUCGCCUGCCAAUCCCGGAUAUUCCGCAGAUGAACUGGGCUUUCAAUUGAAGAAUUCGGAAAGCAAGGCGAUAGUUACCACCAAAGCGUUUCUUGCUGCAGCGACCGAAGCCGCUCAAGUGGCGGGAAUUGCGCAAGAUCGAAUUAUUCUUCUGGGAGAGGAAAAGGAUCAGACGUAUCGGUUUAAACAUUGGACGAGUAUCAGGAAGACUUCUGGUGCGCAGCGAUAUCGACGGCGGAAAGCGAAGGAUCCGCGGAAAGAUUUGGCGUUUUUGGUGUAUUCGAGCGGAACUACAGGCCUACCCAAAGGCGUAAUGCUCUCCCACAGCAACAUCGUAUCCAACCUGACCCAAAUCCAAAAUUCCAUCGGCCCAUCCUACCAAAGCAGCCAAGACAAAAUCCUCGGAGUGCUCCCCUUCUUCCACAUCUACGGCCUCACAGGCCUCGUACACCAACCGCUCCACCGCGGCAUCGAACUCAUCGUCAUGCCAGCCUUCGAUCUCCAACUCUUCUUGACCACAAUUCAAACCCACAAAAUCACCUUCAUCUACGUCGCGCCACCCAUCAUCGUGCGCCUCGCACGCGACAAAAUCGUCUCCCAGUACAAUUUGCGCAGCAUCAAAAUGAUGACAUCGGGAGCCGCACCUUUGACGAAAGAAUUAGUGGAAGCCGUGUACAAGAAAUUUGGUAUUCGAAUUAAUCAAGCCUAUGGCCUUUCCGAAACGAGUCCGAUGACGCAUACUCAACCGUGGAAAGAAUGGAAUACUUCCAUGGGAUCUGUAGGCAAAAUGUUCCCGAAUAUGCUCGCGCGAUAUGUCAGUGCCGAGGGUAACAAAGAAUUGGGACCGGGAGAAGUUGGAGAACUGUGGUUAGCCGGGCCGAAUAUUUUUCAAGGAUAUUGGAAAAAUGAGGCGGCGACGAGAGAGGCUGUGGAGGUAAUUGAUGGACAUCGAUGGUUCAAGACGGGAGAUGUGGGAUUUCAAGACUCAGCACAUAAUUUUUAUAUUACAGAUCGCGUGAAAGAGUUGAUCAAGUACAAAGGAUUUCAAGUGGCUCCUGCAGAGUUGGAAGGGAAAUUAAUGGAUCAUCCUUUGGUGAAUGAUGUUGCUGUCAUUGGAGUGGAAGAUCCAGAGCAACAUACGGAAGUUCCUCGAGCAUAUAUUGUUCAUGCGAAGUUGGGCAAGGAAGCUGGUGAUGUCAAGACGGGAGUGCCGAAGGGUGAUGAUGCUCGAAAGGAUGCGCAGGAGAUUAUUGAUUGGACUGCGGGAAAAGUCGCUAAUCAUAAGAGACUGAGGGGAGGUAUUCGCUUUGUGGAUGAAAUUCCCAAGUCUGCUUCUGGAAAGAUUUUGCGAAGAGUGUUGAAGGAAAGGGUUAAAGCGGACGCGGCUGCCUCGCGAUCGAAACUAUAGGUAACUUAUCAACAGUACCAGGUACUUCAGC